AUGUAUUUCUAUGAUUAUAACCCCAUCUUGAUAGCUCAAUUUUCUUGUAUAGUAAUGAGCUUAUUGUCAGUUAUUGGAGUCAUCAUAGUAUUUAUAUUAGGAAAAGGUUGGAGAUAUUUCAUUGUUAUGUAAAUUUUAAAAUUUAUAAUUAGCCUCUUCUUUACUCAAAUCAUUAGUAUGCUAUUUUUCUAUAUACCUUAAGUACUAACACCUUUCAUUUUUAAAGAUGAAAAUAGUUUGAAUGAAAAUAGUAAUAAUGAUUUCUGUUAAUUUAAAUCUGAUCAAAAUAAUAGACAAUAUUGCAUAAAAGAAACAUGUAUUAUUAUAAUAUUCUAUAUCAGUUUGCUAAUUGUAAGGGUACUUCAUUAAUUCAUCUUUUUUGGCAUCUACAUUGAUUUCCUUGUAUUCAUCCUAUAUCAUUUAAUAAACAUUAAAUCCAAAUUCUUAAAUUGGAAAAAAAGUUAAAUAAAUUUAUUGGAUACAUUUUGGAAUUGGAAUAUUCACAUUUGCUAUAUGUUUACCAAUGUUAUUUGGUGCAAAAUAUAAUCAUUAUGGAACCUCAUGGGGUCAAGAAUUAAUAUAUUAUGUAUGCAAUCUAUAAAUUGAAUCAGAUGAUAUAUUUACAUAAAUUGUAUUUUGGUUAUAAACAUCCAUUACAAUUGUAAUGAUUAUAAUUGGAAUUAUAUUUCAUUGUUCAGUGAAAUAAUUGAAAUCAAAAAUUAGAACUAAAUUUGUUAAUGAAUUUGAUUCAUGUUCCUCAUUAAAUCUUUAUAUAUUACCUAUAACUUUACUUAUAUUUUGGACAAUUAAUAUUUUAUAGAAACUAAUUGAUUUUAAAACAGAUUACAUAAAAAAUUCAGGAUAUGUAAUAUAAACAAUUUGGUUCUUUCCUUAAUUAUUAUUAGCAUUAUAAGGAUUUAAUUAUGCCUCUCUAUUUUUUUAUGCAUUUUAUUUAUAAUUAGUACCUAACCUUCCAAAGUCAUUACAAAACACUUAUUUAUUUUUUGCUAGAAUAAGUUUUUAUAAUUGUAUAUAUGGGAAAAUUUCAGUAUUAAAUUUAAAUAAAUAUUAGGAAUCGAAAAUACGAAAAGAUUCUCUUCUUUUUGAUGCUGAUUCUGCAAAAGAUAGUACAUCAUCUUAUAUAUAAAAAGAUGAUUCAUCAACAAAUAGAUGA